GGAAGGAUGAGCCCCGCCCACAGCGGUGAGACGCUCUGCAGGAAGAGAAGCUGGGAACGAGGAAGCUCGGCAGUCGGCUGUCGGCUCUUCUGUGAACGGAGGGAAGGAUGAUGGAGUCCAGAGCCGUGAAGACCCAGGAGCCCCGGGGCCCGUCGUCCGGCAGAGUCAUCACUGUGGUGUUCCUUGCGCUCCUCAUCGACCUCCUAGGAUUCACGCUGAUCCUGCCUCUCUUCCCCUCCAUACUGGAUCAUUACAGCACAUCUGGGGAUCAGCUUUACGGGACGUUCCAGCGUGCCGUGGAUUGGUUUGCGACGCUGGUCGGGGUUCCCCCGGAGAGGAGAUAUAACAGCGUGCUGUUCGGAGGUCUUAUCGGCUCCGUCUUCUCGCUCCUGCAGUUCCUCUGCUCCCCGCUCACCGGCGCCGCUUCGGAUUACGUCGGGAGAAGGAAAGCUUUGCUGAUAACCGCGGUGGGUCUGAUUGCCUCCUACGCCUUAUGGGCCAUGUCAAGAAGUUUUGGGGUAUUUCUCCUGUCCCGCGUGGUGGGAGGUUUGAGUAAAGGGAACGUCAGCCUGUGCACCGCUAUCAUUGCAGAUCUACCCGACAUUAAAAGCCGCAGUAAAGGAAUGGCGAUGAUCGGAGUCGCUUUCUCGCUGGGAUUCACCAUUGGCCCGAUGAUCGGUGCUUAUUUUGCGGUGAACGCAGCCGCGGGGGAGCUGUUCUACGUCCGUCCCGCCAUACUCGCCCUUAUCCUCUCGGUUGCCGACUUGAUAUUCAUCUUCUUGCUUCUUCCGGAAACUCUUCCCAAGGAGAACAGGGUGUCCUCCGUGAUGGCCGGAUUUCAGGAAGCUUCGGAUCUACUCAGUCCUAUCGCGCUGUUUAGAUUCUCUGCUGUAACAAGAAGACGUGACUCCCCUUCCAAUGAAAGCUUGCAGAACCUCCGAGUCCUGGGUCUGGUGUAUUUUCUGUACCUCUUUCUGUUCUCCGGACUGGAGUACACACUCAGUUUUUUGACCCACCAACGCUUCCAGUUUAAUAGCAUGCAGCAAGGGAAGAUGUUCUUCUUCAUCGGAAUCACGAUGGCUUUAAUCCAAGGAGGCUACGCUCGCAGAAUCAAACCAGGGAAUGAAAUCGCAGCCGUGAAACGGGCCAUGGUCCUGUUGAUCCCGGCUUUCGUGCUGAUCGGGUGGGCAGACGGGAUGGUCCUGCUGGGACUUGGCGUCCUGCUCUAUUCUUUCGCUGCAGCUAUCGUUGUGCCCUGUUUAUCCUCCCUGGUGUCGGCAUACGGUUCCGCCAGUCAGAAGGGGACCGUGAUGGGAAUCCUCCGCAGCCUUGGAGCUCUGGCCAGAGCCGUAGGACCGAUCCUGUCUGCCACAUUGUACUGGCUGGCUGGGGCGGAAUUAUGCUUUAGCAUGUGUGCGGUUUGUUUCCUCAUCCCUGUACUUUACCUGCGAAGAAUAAAAGAACAGCCGAAAACGGAAUGAGAGAACUUACAAAGUAUACCCCGAGCACAGCGACACCCGGCAGCAUCUGACCAGCGGCAGAACCAUGUUUGGUGAUAAUUAUUUGGUACCGCAGCUCUUCGCUGGCUUUUAACAGAAUUUUUAUUUUGUAGUUGA